UUAAGAGAACAUUAAGUUUCCCGAUUGGAAUUUGCUUGUUUUAUAGAUUGAUCUUAUCGUAUUCGGUUGAAUAGUGUAGUAGUAUUUUACAAUUCAUAUACUAACUAUUUACCCCCUUGACGGAGUUAUAUGUUAUAUGGAAUCGUUCUAGUCUUAGUCAUUUUAUCACUUCAUUCUCUAUUCUGUACUUGCCCUCUAAAAUGAUUAGUGAUAAAGGUUGUACAGAAGAUAUGUGGACACCUUACAAGGAAUUACAAAAUCUGGUUGAGUGCUAUAUCACAUCUACUCCCAGGACUUCUGAUCCUCAAUAUCAUGAAUUUAUGGAGACUUUACGAAUUCAUAGGCAAAAUUUUCUUACUUUACUGAAAAAUCCACCAAAAAAUACUCUAAGUCGAGAAGAAAUCCUAAAAGGUGAUACAGAUGGUAUAACCUCGCCUGGAUUGGGGCAUCAAUUACUUACUAAAGAAUUAAUUGAUGAAACUUUAAUUUUAAGUGACAUGUAUAACUUGAAUGAAUUUAUGGCACUGGACUUGUUAUACACUGCUCAACUACAAAUGCCACACUAUCCGGGAUUAACUAGAGGAUUAACAGCAAUACUGCUGUACUAUGAUGGAAGAAAAGCUAUUACCUCAACAUUAAAAUCUUUAAUUCAAGCUAGAGCAGGCCAUAGUUGGAUUUUAGACGUUCCAAUAAUAUUGACAAAACAGAUAACUAAUUAUACCAACAAAUUGCAAGAAGAUGGUUUACUUGAUAGAAUCUUACAACUGCUUGAAGAAAUGGAUUCAACAAAGGAGCAAGAUCUUUUGGAACAAAAUAGAGCCUUGGGUGAUGCUAAGCAUCAGUUUAUGGUGAUGAAACUUUUUAACGAUACACGACAAGAUUUAGCUGAUAUUCUGUACAUGUGGUCAGCGCAAUCUAGUUUACCAAGUACUGCAAUGUUUAGACUUUUAGCACUACUACAAAAAAAAAAUCCUGAGUCAGAAGUUGGAAAAAGCAGCUCAGAUAAAAUUACCCUGGCUCUCAUUGUUGCUUUUUUAUAUUCAAUUAACUUUAACCACUUGAAUACUAGAGAUGAUGGUGAAGAAAUAAUAAAAUCAAUGUCAUUAUUAUCUGAAAGAGGUGUUUUUGAAGAAAUGUUGCAAAAACUUUUAUCACCCAAUGUUGUAUGGGAAAGUUUUGGUUUAAGAGGGUUUGCUCAAUUCGCACUCGCGGUAGCUGUAACAACCAUAAAGUCAGUACCUAGUUUAUGUCCUAUGCAAAGUAUUACUAAAGAAGAUGAAAUACUUGUUGAAGCUGCUUUAUGCAACAAAGCCUUUCAGUUUGCGACAGAAGUACUUUUUAAAAGCAAAAAUUUAUAUUAUGAAGAGUUUUAUAUCCGAUGUUUUCAUUCACUCAUUUCAGACUUUAUUUUGUUAAUGCCCCUCAAAGUCAAAGAGUUAAGAAGUAGAGAUGAUGAGUCGAUGCGUUUGAUCCAUGCUUAUCAGCAAGAAGGGCUUGAACCGCCCAUGAACUUAGACAAUCACUUUAAAUAUUUUAUGCUCAUGAUUGCUGAACUAUAUGCUAAUGAUCCGUUAAAUUUGAAUUUAGCUAUGGACUACUGGUGUCAGCACUCAGAGACUUCUCAUAUCUCUAAUUCUAUUUAUACACGGUUACCAUCAAGACAAGUUGCUUUGUUUAAAUUUGUAAGAUUAGCUAGUGAAAUUUUACCAGCUGGACUGUUUGUGCCUUAUUUGAAAAUGAUUGCGUCAUUGGCUUCUUCUCCUCAAGCUGCUAGACAAGCGUUCAACUUUUUGAAACCUAAUGGAUCAUCUGGCUUGAGCACAAUAUCAUGGGAUCACUUUUUCAAUUCGUUAAGUCGUUAUCACUACAGCUUACGGCAAGAGCUACCGCCAAUGCAAGAUACCGUGUACCGACAGCGGACUCAUUCAAAAGGUAUAACACCUAGCGAAGUUCAAGGAUUAGAAGCGGUAUUACAGGUAGUACAGGUAAUUGCUAACAAUGACGAGUUAUCAAGGAUCGCUUUUUGCGAACAUCCUGGUUGGAAAGUUCUGCAGUCAAUAGUUGGUCUGGUAGGCUGUGCCAUGCCAAACUCAUUUAAAGGUGUGUUAGUACAUACAUUAGCAGCUCUGGCUAGGUCGCCAGAAAGUUCUCGAAAUAUAUGGGAGAAUAUUGAAGCAGCCCAACUAAUAACAACGGUACCGACAACAAGCAAUUACAGUUUACGAGGAGUGCAGACUGAACUUGAGGAAAUUGAAUCUAGGAAUGAAGAGUACCCAUUGACAAGAGCCAUGCUUCAACUUCUUAACGUUCUCACGGAUUUCCCGCUGCCUCGUCUGCUCGGUCUUGGACAGCGCAGUCCUGGCUUCGACCCAUAUCUUCAUUUUGUGAUUAAUAGUGUUCUUCUGCGCUUUGAUACGCGCUCCUAUCGAAAUCCAGCUGAAAAGUGGCAAGUUGCAAAUGCUUGUCUCCACAUUUUGCUCAAACUAGCGAACCAGUAUGAACCAGCUCCUGAGAAUUUACUUGGUUGUAAGCUUGAGCAUCAAACGGGUGAGAUGGGCGUAAUUAACGCACCACCAGGCUACCACAUAAUGACUCAACUGCAUUCAUGCUCGGAGCUGUUGCAUACACUGUUACAUAUUCUUGAUAAAGGCUGUGCACUUUUAGACACCUAUGACACUUUUUUUGGUAAGCAAGAUCUUGAAGCUGUAACUCUAAGCUGUUUAGAACUAUUAGAACUUGGACUACGAGUCCAGCACCAAUAUAUGGCACAAUUAUCACUACUUUCAAGUUCAGUGUCCCAGAAAGUACCUACAAUGGCAGUGACGACCACUGCUUCUUCUUCUACAUCAUCUGCAACAGUGACAAUCGCAGCAACGGACAUGUUUACAGUUACCCCUUCUGUGGCUACUGUGAAUAGCAGUAUCUGUAGGAGUAAUAACAGGCCUCUUGUAGCUGGCUUAUCACGCCUUUUACUUGGUAUUAAUCCACGUUCUGGCAAGCCUGACCACAUGGUCAACAUAGCUAAGUAUAUUCUGUAUGCCAACUCGCUAUGCUGGCAUGCUCGCAUUGCUGUCGGGGUGAUCCAAGCCGUGGCAAGCGAGCCGGGUGCUGAUGCUGAGCUUUUGUCCACCUUUACUGCAACACCUGGUCUUGCAACUAAUAUUAGGCAUGGUUUUGUUGAAUGCUUAGAUACACCUGAAAAUAUUAUAAUCAACAACUGUACAGCUGCAAUCGAGGAUCACCUACAACAGCAGCAGCAGCACUGCAAAGACAGAAUCUUGCAACUAUUGAUGCAGAGUAUUAGUCGGCCUAGCCCGAAUCUUGCCCACUACCUUUUAGGUUUUGAUAUAGCAAGAGGCAUUAAAAAAACAGUCAUUCAACAACCAGGUAUACUUGGUUAUCCCCGAACUUGUCUGCAUUCGAUCCUUGGACUCUUAGAGCUCUCGCUUCAAGAUGGAAUUAGGGAUAGGACAACUGAAGCCUGCUACUGUUUUUUACACAGCCUUCUUUCAAAUAGCAAGACGUCAAUGCCUGUAUUGCGCUUUCUUCGUACAGUCACAAACCAAGACUUUGUUCAACGCCAUUUGUCUAAACUACCAUUUCAGGGUUCAAAUCAAACAAGUGAUCUUAUAUGUACUUCUUGGCUACUAAAAAUAGUUGCGAUAGAGUUGCGUGUUGGCAGCAGCAGUCUUCAAAAUGCUCUUAUUCAAAGACUUGUUGGUCACCCACGCCAAGAUAGAGAUAAGCUCAUGUCACCACAGAAGCUGCUUAUGGAUCUGUUGCAUUACAUAGAUUUUAAGCUACAAUUAGAGUCUCCAACAUCUUGGGAAUAUUUUGAUCCAGCACAGGUAGAAAUGGUGUUAACCAGGUGUUAUACUCCACCAGCACUGCCAAGUGGGCCCCAAUUAAUUGACGUUAAAAAAUUACAUUUAUUAAUAAUAAACGAGCUUUCCGAAACUCAAGGUAGUUCUAGUACAUCUCAGAGAAAACUUAUGCAGCAAGAGUUGCAAUCCGUUCUUAAAUACGCCUUAAGAAAAAAUCAGAUAAGAUCCUUGUUGUAUGCUACCGUAAAGUUUGUUGAGGGCUGGUGUCAGGCAACCGAGAUUCUAUUUUCUAUUGCUACCCAGCAACAGCUAACCGCAGUUCAACGUCAAAAUGUUUUGCUUAAUCUGACACAUGACCUUCUUCACAAAAUGACGUCGUGUGAGGCACUUGGAGAAAUAAAAAAUCUGGUCUCAGGUACACUGCUGAUACUUCUGGUGAACUUGCGGCUUAGUUUUGAACUUCAAUCGUCUGAUAGUGUUGAAUUCGAUCAGUUAAAACCCUCAGCUCCAGCUAACACGACUAUGAUGAAGAUUAUUUUAAGUCAAAUCAUCCAAUGGAUACUUAACUCGGAAGCAUCCUCGCAAAAGGUUCGUACUCACUUGCUCGGAGCCUUACUUUACUUCCUUUGUAUUGUUGGAGGUAGUAGUUCCAUUGAGGCAAUGGUUCCUGAAUCAAGGAGCUUUGUGAGCCAAUUGGACAAUGGGAACUGGACCAAUCGUUAUAUCGUGCCAGAUGAUAGCAGCCCUAGAAAUGAUAUUACUAACAAAUGUACUAUUAGUGAUAACAAAAUUCUUUUGUCUGCGGCACAUGGGCAUCCUAACAGACACGUGACUAUCCAAGUAAUUAAUAGCUUUGGCGAUAAGUUUAUAGAUGUUUUAUGCCACAGUUGCUCUGGGGGUCACGACGUUUGCAAAAUGCUUGCUCUCUCAUGCCUCAACAAGAUUCUUCAAUUAGAUAGCUGGUGUGACAACUCGUGGCUUAUUUACUUGUCUAGCCGUGGUUACCUUCGGCACAUGAUCGACGGCUUGCUUCAGUCAGAUAAGCAACUUUGCUGCAUGCUUCAAUCUGAGCCAGCAAGUGUAAGACCGCUCUACUUCUACGAAGCGAAGAUGGCCAUGUUUUGCCAGCUAGCUGCAACAAGACUUGGAGCUGAGUGCCUCCUCGAAAAUAAAAUUCUCUCAUGUCUAGCAAGUAUGAACGUAAUCGAACAACACCCUGACGUACAUGAAGCCACUGGCUUUGGUGAAAAUGAGCAAGCUGAUUUUCUGCCGAGUCUCGCUUGCCGAUACCAACAAAUAUUUUUGCCCAUGCUGUACCUAUGCGACGCCCUGCUCACUACUCUUGGCACAGAUAAUCAAUCAUGUUCUGUUCAAAUCUGUGGUUUUCUGCAAAAACAUCGAGAGAUAGUUGAUGUGAUUUUAAGAAAUGUAUCACCUAGUUCUAGUAAAUUAUUUUUAUACCAGGUUGCCUGUUUGACUGGCGUCAUAGCUCGAUCCGCUACCAUAGAUAUGUAUAAGCUUGUUGAUGAAGAAUCCAACAAAAACAGUUCAAACAACUAUAUUUAUAGUAUAAGUGGUGCACAGGAAUUUCGUGCUUACCUGUACAAGCUACAGAGGCUCAUGUUAAAUCUUCUAUCAAAAUUUCAGACAACUUCCAGGACAGAUCUUAAUUCACCUUCGUCUGUACAAAUUACUGCCAAUUCAAUGUUGUAUGCUAGAAAUCAAGCGCAGCAUAGUCAAAUGGGGAAGAAAUUAAGAAAUGUUUUAUUCGAACCUUAUGUGUUGCAACACUCAGACAGUUGUAAAAUAAAAAUUCAAGAAUCAUCUAGUGGCAUACACUUGGGUAUUAUUGUAGAACAUUUGUUGAGCGCAACAAGGUUGCUGCAAAAUGGACUGUCUCAAAAAAAAACUCAUUCUGUUAAGGAAAUGAACUCUGCAGAUCUCAAAAAGCACCUUACAGAAGAAGAAACUGGAUUAGAUUUAGUUAGGCAACGAAUCAUUGUUGAACAACGUUUAAAUCAUCUUGAGCAAGAAAAACUUCGGAACAUGAAAUAUGCCUCAUUAAUAAUUGAACACAGUCUUUACAUUAUUUGGAGUCACCUAGAUUUUUAUGCAAUACAAACAGUCAUUCAGUUAAAACCUUACUUGCCCAUAAUGUCCUUGAAUGAAAAUACCUUGGAGUUAAAGAAAGUUAAUGAAUCACUUCCAGAAUUAAAAAAAGGAUUGAGUUCUGUUCUUACCGAUAACUUUACUACAAAAUUGUUAGAAAUGUAUACUGAGUUUUCAACAACUGAACAAUGCUUUGUUGAAGCACUUAUUAGAAGAAUUAAACGGCUCUUGCAAUUCAUUGUUAUCAAAUAAAUAAUUUAAAAAUGCAUUGCUUUACUAACAAAACCAAAUGGAAAUAAUCUUCGAAAAUUUCUUAUGUUUUAAUAAUGU